GCGAUGUGUUUAUACGCGAGUGCUUUCAGUGGCUUCAGUUUAUAAUUUCAGUUGAACGUCAUUUUUCGCAUUAUGUGAACUUCGAUAAUUAAACAAAUCUGCUUUUCUUCAUUAAUCAAGCAUUACCAAGAUGUUUCCGCAGAGCUCGCAAAAGAAGUAUUGGAUGUUCAGCGAUGAAAAUGAUUUGACUAUGUUGAGAGAAAAAAACAAUGCUGUAUUUAUUGAGAAACAUGGAACUAACAUGACUCCAGAACAACGGGAGGAACAUUUUCUUUCAAACACAGAGGAACGUACAUUACUACGUUUCUAUGAAUUACAAUUAAGAGAUUUCUGUCGUCGAUUUAAUCCACCAAUGCCUCGCGCUACUAUAGCCACUGCCUUACAUUAUUUUAAAAGAUUCUACAUUAAGAACAGUGUGAUGGAUUAUCAUCCGAAAGAAAUCUUGGUUACUUGCGUUUAUCUAGCAUGCAAAGUCGAAGAAUUUAAUGUCUCCAUAUCUCAAUUUGUAGCAAAUAUUAAAGGAGAUAGGGAUAAAGCGUCUGAUAUAAUACUUAAUAAUGAAUUGCUUCUCAUGCAACAUUUAAAUUAUAAUCUUACAAUUCAUAAUCCUUUUAGACCUGUGGAAGGACUUAUGAUUGAUAUAAAGACAAGGUACACAUCUUUGGAAAAUCCUGAGAAAUUAAGGCCAUAUAUAGAUGAAUUCUUAGAAAGAGUUUUCCUCACAGAUAGUGUUCUUCUUUAUGCUCCAAGUCAAGUUGCAUUGGCUGCAACUUUGCAUGCAGCAUCUAGAGCUUCUGCAAACUUAGAUAAUUAUGUUACUGAUAUACUUUUCUCAAGAGAGCAAUUGGGAGGGAUUAUAGAGGCCGUGCGAAAAAUACGUUCAAUGGCUAAAUGCGUUGAAUCUCCAUCGCGAGAAGUGAUAAAAGCUUUGGAGAAAAAAUUGGAUAAAUGCAGAAAUCAGGAAAAUAAUCCUGAUAGUGAAAUAUAUAAGCAGAGAAUGCAGGAAAUGCUAGAUGAAGAGGAUUUACAGGAUAAUGAAAAAUAUGCAAAAAUUAUUCAGGAUCAGGCAGCCUAUGAUGAUAAAAUACUGGGAGUUAAUAAAAUCUUAUCUCCCUCUGUUUUAGGAUGAUAUAUAUAUACAUUUUACAUAAUGAUAAGAAAUUAUGUUGCAGUAUAUAUAACUUUACAACCCAUAUAUAUUCCUCAAAUAAUUUAUAGCUUUUUUUUUUUUUUUCCCAUAAAAUCUCAUAUAAAUAUCGUACAUGUA